AAGAUUCUGGUAUUGAUCUUUUUGAAGAAAAGAAAUUUGAAGAACCUCUAAAAUUUGAAGUUGAAGUAAUAAAUAUUGCUAUAAAUAAUAAAUUAAUAAUAGAUGAAUUCUUUUAUAUUAGUAUUUUUGAACAACAAGAACAAGAAGUUAAUAAAAAUAAUUUGUAUAUUGAUAUACAAGAAUAUAGUUUUGAGCCUAAUAUCGUAAUAGACAUUCACAAUGAUAAAAAUAGAAUUAACAUUGUUACUAAUGUUUAUAAUAAAAAUGAAAUUUAUGAUGUAGCCAAUAUUUAUAGUAAAAAGUCUGAAAAUAAUGAUAUAGAAGUGAAAGUAUUAGGCUAG